CAUCAUCAUCGUCGUCGUCAUCAUUAUCAUCAACACCUCGCUUGCUCAAAGAUUUGGUGUCUUUGUGGUAAUUGUUGGUACGCUUUGAAACGUCCAGACAGGUACCUUUUGAAGUACAUUCCUGGUACCAGUAAGUUCGGCACCAUCAGCCAUUUAUUACAGUACUAGUACAGGUAUUCCAAAUCUAGUGUGUGCAUGUGUCUGAACACAGCAAAUCUUUCGAAGGGGUAGAGAGAGCGAACGCAAGAAGAAAAAGAAGAAACAAGAAAAAAAACAGAAAAAAGAAUGGCUACCAAUUUCGAACCCGUGGAUCAUUCUCACCUCUUCGAGGAAGGAGGGAGACUGUACACUCGACCCUCGACGUUCGAGGACUACCCUACCCUCCAACCCGCGAUGCGGUUGAUCAUCGAGGUCGGUCCCACGAUGAACGUCGGAUCCUUGUCACGCGGGACUCCCUUGACCAUCAUACCGCUCAUGGCGGGCAGACUCGUAUCCGAACCAGGGUUCGAGGUUAAUGUCGAUUGCCACCAGGUGGGAACUGGGCCUGACUAUAUCCAUCAUGAUCCGGACGGUAGAAGGAUGAGGUUGAAAACUGAUAUUCUAGUUGGGGAUGAAGAUUCCCAGUAUAUCAAUGUCCACUACGAGGGAAUUUUGGACAUAACAAAUGCUAUGCGUAGAAUUCUGGGCCGGGACGAGUGGUGUACAUCGACCGAGUUCGGGAACCAGUUCACCACUGUAUCUUUCGAAACCGGAUCUCUGCGAUACAAGGCCUUGGAACAGGGAGUCUUUGUGGCGUCGGGUAGAGUCCUCAUAACCAUGGAGGGGCCAAAGAUCGAGUAUCUUAUCAGCAAGGUCUGCAAGGGUCCAGGACCGAACCCGACAGGGAGUACUACUGGCUCAGGAAGUAAUACUGGUUGAGACGUUGAUUGAUCAAGUCGGGCGCGCGCCUGGUUGCGGUCAUAGUGGUGAUAUAAAUUGACUUUGCUUCCUCGUUCCC